AGGCUAGAGCUUCUGUUCAUGCUGCCGCGAGCGCCAACGCGGCCGUCCUCAUCCCAUCCUACCAGCCAGCAAGCCUCUCGUCGCAAUUGGCUAGUUCCAUAAAUAGGAGUAGUAGGCAGUUGCUCACUGGUCCUUUGCGCCUACCCAGCCUCUGGACUACUCCCGAACCGCGCCGCAGAUCUACUCCAACACCUGUAAGGAUUUUGCUGUCGCUGUGGCUUUUCCGGCAGCUAGCUAGGCUGCAGCGGCGGCGGCGCCGCCGCCGGUGGAGGACAGCAAGAGAGGCACGAUGGCCGGGAAGAGGGAGCGGAUAGCGAUCCGGAGGAUCGACAACCUGGCGGCGAGGCAGGUGACCUUCUCCAAAAGGCGGCGGGGGCUGUUCAAGAAGGCCGAGGAGCUCUCCAUCCUCUGCGACGCCGAGGUCGGCCUCGUCGUCUUCUCCGCCACCGGCAAACUCUUCCACUUCGCCAGCACCAGCAUGAAGCAGGUAAUCGAUCGGUACGACUCCCAUUCCAAGAAUCUCCAAAAGUCUGAAGCGCCGUCUCAGCUGCAGUCACAUAUUGAUGAUGGCACUUGUGCAAGGCUAAAGCAGGAGCUUGCUGAAACCAGCCUUAAGCUCAGGCAGAUGAGAGGAGAGGAGCUCCAGAGGCUGAGCGUCCAACAGCUGCAAGAGCUUGAGAAGACCCUCGAAUCUGGCCUCGGCUCUGUACUCAAAACCAAGAGCCAAAAAAUCCUUGACGAGAUCAGCGGUCUGGAAAGAAAGAGAAUGGAACUGAUCGAGGAGAAUUCAAGGCUGAAGGAGCAACUGCAGGUGACCCGGAUGGCAAGGAUGGAGACGCAGCUUGGCGUCGAUUCAGAAAUUGUGUAUGAGGAAGGGCAGUCAUCUGAAUCUGUGACAAACACAUCCUAUCCGCGCCCAUCAACAGACACUGACGACUGCUCCGAUACAUCGCUCAGGCUAGGGCUACCAUUCUUCAGCUCGAAGUGAUGGAAAAUCAGGAAACUUGACAUGUUCAGUAGCGGAGCGGUGCUGAUUACUUGCCCUCUCCGUUCUGGAUUGGGGAGCAGGAUUGCUGGAUUAGUGACCAACGCGUCGCAUCAAAAUAAGGCAUUCUGAGUGCUGUAUGAUGUGUGUAUUCUGAAAGUGAGACUGCUUUUGUUAUAUACAGGCAGCAUGGUAAUAAUACAACGGGUACCCGCUAGGAUGCUACCUGCAGUCCGUGUUCUGUCCUCUGUUUUUUAGUACUCGUAUAAUCCCCCUGCAAACCAUGUUUACCUGCAGCUCAUGCUUUUGUUAUACAGCAUGAUCAUCUUUAGGAGUUAUUCCAGUCCCUGCAAAUGAGUUCCAGUACUUGUGCCCUUCGCAAUAUCGGACAUGUCACGCUGUUAGUAUUGA